UAGCAAAAAGAGAGAAGCAACUACUAGCAUAGUACCUUCAUUAGAAGUUAUCAAUAGGUUCACUAGUACCUCUAUUUAGGUUAUGUUAAUUGUUGCUUUGUUUGGGUUUUUAAAGAUGCUCCACAACGAGCUCAUAGAAGGCUUAUUUUGUUGACUCCCAAACAUUUGGAUAGUUUACUACUUUACUCAUGAAUGAGGCUAUUGAACUCUCUCGCUGAAAGCUCAGCGACAUCCUUGUCAAAAGUAACGGCAACCCAUUGUCGUGCUACCAAACUAGGACGCAUUAGCGAUACAUACACUGCCACUAACAUCUUGAACGGGUACACAAAAUGCCGGGAGAUUGGUACUGCUCUCAAGCUGUUCGACGAAAUUCCCUACAAAGAUACUGCUUCUUGGAACAUCAUGGUUUCUGGAUACGUCAAUUCUGGGAAGUUUCAUGGUGCUUGGCUGUUCCUUAAUUUGAUGAAAGAACGUGGGUUUUGUUUAAAUGACUAUACUUUCGGAAGCAUACUAAAGGGUAUUGCUUCUAAUGGCCUAUUGUCCUUAGGCCAACAGGUGCAAUGUGAUGUGGUUAAAAUGGGCUAUGUGGGGAAUGUUUAUUCCGCCAGUGCUUUGCUGGACAUGUACGCUAAGUGUGGCAAAGUUGACGACGCAAAUAAAGUGUUUCAACGCAUGCCUGAACGUAAUUAUGUCUCAUGGAAUGCUAUAAUAGCAGGGUAUGCAGGGAAAGGUGAGAUAGAAUAUUGCUUUUGGUUGUUGAGAGGUAUGGAGCAAGAGGGUAUGCAACUUGAUGAUGGCACAUUCUCUCCGCUUUUAACGUUGCUUAAUGAGAAAAGGUUUUACAAGGUGACAAUGCAGGUUCAUGCAAAAGUUAAAAAGCUUGGUUUAUGUUGUCAAGUCAAAGUGGUCAAUGCUCUAAUCACUGCAUAUUCCCAAUGUGGGAGUAUUGAAAGUGCGAAAAGUGUUUUUGUUGGUACUAUUAGUUGCAGAGAUUUGGUAACGUGGAAUUCAAUGCUAGCAGCUUAUUUAGAACAUGAUGAGGAGAAGCAGGCAUUUGAACUAUUCUUGGACAUGGAAAGGCUUGGGUUGGAAAUGGAUUCUUAUACUUAUACUAGUAUAAUAAGUGGUUGUUUCGAGGAUAAACAUAACAGUCAAGGAAAGUGUUUGCAUGCUUUGAUUAUUAAGAGAGGACUGGAAAAUGUAACUAUAAUCUCGAAUGCAUUGAUUUCCAUGUAUGCCAAAUCAUGCACAAACUAUAUGGAUGAUGCGCUGACAGUAUUUGGAAACCUGGAUGUAAAGGAUUCUGUUUCUUGGAAUUCCAUUUUGACCGGAUUGUCACAAACGGGUUGGAGUGAAAUUGCUUUCAAAUUUUUUUCGAAAAUGAGGGUGGAACACCUUGAGAUGGAUGAAUAUUCCUUUUCUGCUACCCUUAGGUCUUGCUCGGAUUUGGCUACUCUUCAAUUCGGUCAACAAAUUCAUGCCUUGGCACUAAAACUGAGCUCCGAGUCAUAUAAGUAUGUUAGCAGUGCUUUGAUACUUAUGUAUUCCAAUUGUGGAAUCAUUGAAGAUGCUUGGAAGUCCUUUGAAGUUUCUCCUAAAGGGAGUUCAAUAUCUUGGAACUCGAUCAUGUUUGCUCAUGCACAACACGGGCAGGGUAAACUUGUCCUUGACCUCUUCUUCCUAAUGAAACAAAGCGAAGUGAAGCUAGACCAUAUAACUUUUGUGGCAGUCUUGACUGCAUGUAGUCACAUUGGUCUUGUUGAAGAAGGUUGCCAUUUUUUCAAAUCUAUGGAAGCUGAUUUUGGAAUUGUUCCAAGAAUGGAACAUUAUGCUUGUGCAAUUGAUCUACUCGGGCGGGCUGGACAUCUUGAGGAGGCAAAAGAGCUGGUUAAAGGAAUGCCAUUUGAUCCUGAUGCGAUGGUUUUGAGAACUCUACUCGGUGUCUGUCGGUCGUGUGGUGAUAUUGAAUAUGCAAGUGAGGUAGCUAGCCGUUUGCUAGAAUUGGAGCCGGGAGAUCAUAGCACUUACGUUUUGCUCUCAGACAUGUACCGACAAAUCAAGAAGUGGGAUAAAAUAGCUAAUAUUAAGAGGCUGAUGAGGGAAAAGAGUGUCAGUAAGGUACCUGGUUGGAGUUGGAUAGAACUUCAAAACGAGGUACAUGCUUUCAAUGCAGAGGAUCUAUCACAUCCUCGUUGCCGUGAAAUUUAUUCGAAAUUGAGAGAACUGACAGAUGAAAUCAUGUUCUCUGAAUCUGAAAAUGCUAGCGGAUUAACGGUUUCUAUGGCCGAUCUGGAAUCAGUGGUUUAACAACCGAUUCAAGGCGAUGGGGUUCUAGUCACUCAAGCGGGUACUGGUUCUAGUGUAUUUUUAUCUUGACAGAGUGAUCCCUGGAUAAGUAUGACCUUAUGAAAGAGGUUAACGCAGGGAUGUAGCUGUAGCUGCAUCAGCUAUCCGAAUAAAUUGUAUAGCAAGGUUGUUUCUUCACUAGUAGUUUGACCCUUUUGGUUUCGGUUUAUGCUCUAGCUGCCUGUUUCUGGUCCCCCUCCCAGGCUUAUAUCAAUAACAGUUUUAGGCUUUUGUUUCUGGUGAAUUUGGCUUCUUUGGACCUGGAUGCAAAGGAUCCUUGAAAUUCAAAGUAUCAUCAAGACUUGUGCUCUAUAAAGCAUGCUUACUUGGUGAUCCAGAUAUAUGAACAAAUUCUGUUAUUGCUUUACAAAGUAGACUUCUUUUUCACCGUAACACAUGAUAUGUUUCGUUUGUAAUUGUCGUUAUAAUAGAGUAAUGGUUAGUGGAACCACCAGCAGAGAAGAAUUUCAGCUGCAUAACCAGUGAAGAGAUAUUCUCAUGAAGGUUAUCUGCUGCAUAUCUCUUAUUCUAUCUUCUAUUGAAGUCAUUUUGACAUUUUGGAUAGAUCACAGCACCUGCACAGGAAUAGUUUGGAAGGAGUCAGCGCCAAAUAGCAAAUGGAAUUGCAGCUCAAACAGAAGCAGAAGUAUUGGCAUGUUAUUCUGCAGUUUUGUGAGUCGUGUGUGAAUGAUUCAACAAGUUAAAUGUGUUUACAGAUCGACCUAUAAUUGAUGUGACAUUGUAUUAGUGCGCCUUUCCACAUUUGGUAAAUAAAACCAUAUAUAUCGUCGAGUGCGUGUAUCAAAGCAGUGGCGGAGCAACCUAUAAGCAAGGGUUGACACCCCUUUGCCGGAAUAUUACAAUAUUUA